AAACGUGAAUACUUUAAUUUCUAUCAUCAUAUGAGAACCGAUACUUUGUACAUAUUUAAAUGGUAAAAUAAUUGAGUGUACGAUAAUGUUCAGGAAACUUGUAACAUUGCAUACAUUAAAUAGCUCAUCGUUACUAACGACAGGAAUUCCAUCCGCGUCAAAGGUUAUAUCUCGAGCAUUUUCGGAACAGGACGUUAUUAUCACAGACAACAAAUGGGAUUUAAUAAGUGCCGUUUGUUUAGAACGUCAUCCGGUAAUAACAAAACCGAUGAAAGAUAUAGAAAUACGGUAUCAAAAGGUGUUACGACAGAUGGAAUUUGAAAAUAGCCUGUUGUCAAAUUUUGAGUUACAAAAAGAGAAGGAAAAAAAGCUAAAAGAAAAACAAGUUGAUUGGGAGAAAGAAGUGCUUGUUAUUCAAACAGCAGAAGACUUUGAAGAUCUUUGGGAAGAGGAAUUAAAGAACUUUGAAUUUGCACCCAGGGAAAAUGAAGCUGAAGAUAAGGUGAUUGUAUCAUUGAGACGUAAGCUAGAUAAAAAUCUGUUAUUACUAGUAGAACAGAAAGUUGGUGACAACAACUUUUGGAUUCCUCCUCAAAGUAUAAGGCAAGAUAGAGAAACUAUGAUACAGACUGCUCAUAGAAGUUUGCAAGAACUUUGUGGAGAUAAUGUAAAAGUACAGUUUUAUGGUAAUGCUCCAAUAGGAUUUUAUAAAUAUAAAUACCCUAAAAGUAUACGAACAGAAGGAAAACAUGGAGCAAAAGUUUUCUAUUUUCUGGCAAAGUAUAUAAACGGUGAUAUUUCUAGUAAUGUAAAGCACUGUUGGUUAGAUCGAGAAGAAUUAGAGAAAACAGUACAUCCUGGUGUUCACAGAAGUUUGUCCCAAUUCUUGAUUCCUGAUUAAGUUAUAAUGCAAUCUAUUGUAAUUUAUACGCGUGUAUGUUUAGAAAAAUUUAAAGAUGUAUAAGAAUAAAUCGACGUUAAAAUUUA